AUGUCCGGUAUUCAGCCUGUGGCGGUCUACGCCAUGCGAGUCCCUCCAGGCGACAUCAUGGUCCCUGCCGUCCCCGAGUUUGCAGCUAUGUUCCGUGUGACGAUGGCUGCCAUCGAUCCAAGCGCAGAGCCAGAACUCGAAGAUCCAGACGACAAGCGUCCGCCGCGAGCGACCCUGAAGCUGGUCCGCGUUCCCGAUGAUAUGCUCGAUGAUGAUGAUGAGUCGGAUGACGAAGACUUUGACCUCGACGACGAUGAAGACGAUGACGACGAGGAUGAGGACGAAGAAGUCAACGGUGGUCCCAGCGAGAAGAAGUCCAAAACGAAAACUAUGGACGAGGACGCGGACAUGGAAGAUGAGGACGAGGAUGAGGAUGAAGACGACGAUGCGGAAGCCAUCGCACAGCUGGCCAAGAUCAUGAAGCUUGCUAAGGGCAAAGGGAAGGCCAAGGCUGUGGAUGGCGAGGAUGAUGCUGAUGACGAGGACGAUUCGGACGAUGAGUCCCUUGAAAUGGACGAGGUUGUCAUCUGCACCCUUGACCCAGAGAAGAACUUCCAGCAAACUCUCGAUUUCGUUGUUGGUGAAGGCGAAAAGGUCUUCUUCAAGGUCUCUGGUACGCACACUGUUCACCUCACUGGCAACUACGUGAUUCCUCAGGACGAUGGUUCCGCUUCCCUGUAUGAUGAAGAUGAUGAAGGAGAGGACUACGAUCUGUCACCUGAUGAGGAUGAGCUCGAUGCGCUUGAAGACGCCGACGAAGAGUCUGACGCUCUUGAUGACCUUGAUGACCCACGCAUCGCCGAAGUCGACUCAGAGGAAGAAGAAGCACUCAACGUCGUCAAGGGCACUGGUAAGGGCAAGAAUAAGCGUCCCGCCGUUGACGAAGACGAAGAUGAAGGCGACAACCUCGACGAUAUCAUGGCCAAGUCUCUCAAGAAAGAUGACAAGCUCGAACAGACCGCAGCUGCAACUACCAACGGCGAAGCAGCUAAGAAGCUCAGCAAAGCCGAGAAGAAGCGUCUGAAGAAGCUCAAAAAGAAUGACGGUGAAGCCGUUUCCGUCGAUGCCAAUACUUCCGAGGGGAAGAAGGAAGCUGCACAGACCAAUGGAGAUUCGGAGAAGAAAGUCCAGUUUGCAAAGAAUCUUGUGCAAGGCCCAACUCCGUCGGCUACCCCUGCAGCCAAGUCUGACAGCAAGCCUUCGGCGGGCAGCAAAGAGAAGUCUGCCUCGGUUGGGGUGAAGGACAUUCAAGGCGUCACCGUCGAUGACCGCAAGAUCGGGAAUGGUCCAGCCGCAAAGAAGGGCAGCCGCUUGGAGAUGCGCUACAUUGGCAAACUCGACAAUGGCUCUGUCUUCGAUAGCAAUAAGUCCGGCAAGCCUUUCAGCUUCAAACUUGGUGCUGGUGAGGUCAUCAAAGGAUGGGACAUCGGGCUCCAGGGCAUCCAGGUUGGUGGUGAGCGGAGGUUGAUCAUUCCGGCUCAUCUGGCGUAUGGCAACAAGGCUUUGCCUGGCAUCCCUAAGAACAGCAAAUUGACUUUCGACAUUAAGUGCCUGGCCGUGAAAUGA